AUGUCUCGAGCGAGCCGACAGGAAGAUAUUGAAGAAGCGUAUGGAAUACAAGCCAACGCUGCUGUCGCUGGAGCGGCCAGAGGUACGGCAGUUGGGGUUGGCCUGGCAGUCAUUGCUCACCACCUUUGGCCAGCCUUCAGGCGGCAGACCAUUUCUUUCAAAGCCUUCUUGAUUACUGGAUUUACUUGUACAGGACUUGUAUUCAGUGCAGAAAGAGCACUUCGCGAGCAUGAGAACAUCAGAAGGAGAGAGGAAAACGCCCUUCGACGAGAAGCUCGUCUCGAUCUCGCUCGCAGAGGCCUGGUAGGCACUGAGACUGAGAUAGCAAACUGGAAAGCGGCGAGACGGGAGGCGCUAGAAAGACAAUCACAAGCAGAGUAA